UUGGUGAUGUAGACGAUGACAAUCUAUUGUUUUUGUUCUUUCAACUGUUAGGAGAACGAAUUCGUCAUUGGCAACUUGAAUGGUGACAUGGCCAUAUUUAAGGGUCAGUGUGAGGAUGGAUAUCCUUCAUUUAUUUGUCGCGAUUUAGGAACUAUCACUUGUAUUGCAGUGGGUGAUGUUAGAAAUAGCGGAAAAAAUUCAAUUGUUGUCGUUAACGCUGAGGGGCACGCUCAUAUAUUUGAUGUCAAAACCAAGGCUUCAUCGAGUUCCUUCAAUCAGCAACAGCAACAGCAACAUAUAUCUAUUCAUGAUUAUCUAAAAGGAGGUAGACGCUCUUCUGAUUCAACUAUGCGAAAUUUCAGAAGAGCUAUGAAUGGCGGUAGCAGCAAUACGUCUUUAUUGAAUGAGGAGGAUAAUCUUCGCAACCAGCAACAGCAUGCACAACAGGCAUUAUCAAAAUCCAUACAUGAUCUUGAAAAACCCAAUCUAACCUUGAAAGUGCCUGUUAACGUGAAUAAAAUAUUGAUUGCUGAUAUUGAUAAUGACGGAUUGAACGAAAUCAUUCUAGCACGUACCGACCGAAUAUUGCAUGCAUUUCAACUUGUUCCCUCAGAUUUCACAGCAAUACAUCCCAUAGCAAGUACUACUAGCCUUAACAUCAAUGACAAAUCGUUCAGUAACCAUAGUAAUGUGAACGCUACCACAGUAUUAUCACCUAACCAUACUUCUUCAUCUAUUAACCUUACCUCUGGUCUCACUCAUCAUCCAUCUCAUUAUCAACAUAAUUAUUCUGCGAGGCCAACACUAGCAUCUACUACGACUAAUACAUCACUCGUUACAACUACAGCAGCGGAUGAGCAUCAUUCAAACAAUAGCAAAAAGUACCGGCUCCUGGACAAGAAUAUGUGGGUUUUUGACGGUCAAAUCAGUUCUUUAUGUACGACUACUCAUCCUGAAAAACCAGAUGAACCUUUAUUACUCGUAGCUCAACCAGGAAAUACAUUUGUGAUUAUAGACCAAGAUGGCAAACGAUUGAAUAAAGACUUUACGCCUCAGCAACACAACGUCACUGAUGACCUUCAGUACAACCUAAAUGGUACAGCAACUUCAUCCAUCAACUUUGGACAAAACCAGCCUUCGAAUAUCUCUAAUAUUUCGGCCGAGGAUCAGGACAGAAUUCGAUCUAUACUUUUACAGCAUCAAGCUUUCGCUUCUCCUUCUGUUGAUAUACCCAUUGAUACUACUGUCGACCAUUCUGCAAUAACUGCAACAAAAAAACGUUCAGGAACGGCAGGAGGAGGAAGAAGCUGGCCGCCAUUGUCUUUGUCAACAUCAGAUCAGACGGGAGGAACUACGGACGUUGAGGAGGAGGAGGAAGGCGAAGAAAUAGAAAGCGGUGCUAUAGCUACCGAAAUAGUGAUUGGUAAACGACACUUGAUGGGCGAUUCUUUCUUAACCAACAAAGUAGGCAUGCUUAGUAUGGACGGCACAUUCUCUGUCUACGAUUUACGAACAAAAGCGACUUCUUAUAAAGAUCUUUUUGUUACCCAUAAGUUAUUCAGUUUAGCCACUUUGAACGUAAACUACAAUAAUAAUCGGUUGAACAACGCCACCGACAUCAGUUUAAUGGAGAAGCCUGCAGGCUACUAUUUACACCCACCUCAUCACAGACACGGUGGCACGCAAACACCUAUUCAUAACAGUAACAAUGCAGGUUCUUCUUCGCCGCGUCAACAACAAUUACAGAAAGCUGCUGCUGGGUCAUCGCCCAUCUCAACAACUACCGCAUCGUCGAGAAAAGCCUCAUUGCCUCAGCAGCAGCAACAACAUGAAGAACUGUCACGUGUCCCAUCAAAGUGUUCGAUCGAUCUCAAUGCUAACAAAAACAGCAGUAGCGACUUUAUCAGAGAUAGUAUUAAUGCUCUAAAAUCAGGAAAAACAGACGAAGCAGUAGAGGAGACGACAAUAGACAGUGAUUAUGAAAGUGUAUCUUGGAGUGAAGGUGGCAGCGAGUCAGACAAUGAAACUGGCUGUGAUUUAUUUGUGGCCUGUGCCUGGAAUGGUGUUACCUACCUCAUUGACUGGAGCGAACGCUUAGAUGAUGAAGAUGAAAGUGAUAGUGUUAUCAUCGAUAGGAGCAGUGACCGUGACUCCGCCAGCACACACAGCAGUAAUGAAAGCCUUGAUGUUGACACGACACGAAUCAAAUACCAAUUAGUCAAGUUCGCUUUCGAAGGCCGUGUCUGCGCAUUCACGGCUGGGCAUUAUUGUAUAGCCAAUCAUGUGAAUGUGCCCUGUUUAUUCUAUGUUGAUUUUGAGGAUCAAAUCUAUGUAUACUAUGAUGUGCGCAUAUCACCCGGGCCUGUAACAGGCUUUAUUGAUACGAUAGAUGACGAUAUAGAGGAGUCACUUGACAGAAUAAUGGGCUUGGAAAGUGCCAUUGAUACAUUAGCCGAGGCUUGUCAACAAGAGCUGCAUGAACAAGAUGAAACGAAUAAUCAGCAAAUUGAUUUGGGCGAUGGAUGGCAGGGCAUAGCUGCUGUGGAACAACAUGGGGCCGACAUCCGAAAACAACAAGAAUAUUCUUCUGAAACGGCAGCUGAUCUGAUCGACCAACAAGAAUUACAAGAUAUGGACUUUUUAAGUAAAUCGCGUUGUCAAUAUAAAAAAAAAAGAAAAGCAUGUUGCCAUGGGAUACAACUGACUGCUUUGUUUUAUAUUGAUUUACCGUGUGGAUAAUUCCAGACCUUUCAGAUUUUAUACACGAAUGCCUCUACGGCUUCGAGGAUAUGAAAGAUAAGAUGGAAAAGGAAAUGCUUAAGUUUGAGCAAAGCCUUCUAACU